AUGGCUCGUGUCGCUCGUCGGGUGCUGCUGCUCGCAGUCACUGCACUUGCAUGCACAUUGCUAUUGCAGCCACAUCGAUCGAGCAUUGCAUUUGCAGCACAAGCACAGCAGCGACCAGAUGACGCCAUCGAGCGCGCACUCGACGCUGCCGCAGAGCCAAUCGUGCUGAACGACGCUGAUGCUGGUGCUGAGCCAGCAGCACGAGAGAGGAUUCCAGAUGCCAAGGUGGACGGUCGACCACCGCUUGGUCGCGCGCCAGACAUGGACAUUGCAGACAACAAGCUCAACCCGGAUCACAUCGAUCCACUCUUCUUUGGCGACGAUCAAGUGCAACGAUUGCCCGGUGCUGAGGCGCUUCCUCCUGCUGUUCGUGGAGCUGGAAAACCAGUGGCUGAGAACGAGUUGGAGUUGCCUCCUCCGCCUGCUGCUGCAAUUGGGAAACAUGCACCGCUCGGACUGCAACCUCUCGCCGGUCGACUCCUCGAGCAGAACGACGUCGCCAAUCCAAGUCUCCAAAAGUCUCAUGUUGUGGAGAUCUCAGAACCCCUGGAUUCCCGCCCCAGACCGGCAUCUCCAAAAGAACUGCUUGCUGCGUUCCAGGCCCUGUACCUGUCCAGCCCGUCGGAAGCCAGCCCAAGCCUUGCAAUGCAGCCAUCCGAAGAAGCGCUCGCAUUGAGCGAACGGCGGUUCUCUGACAGCCACCGCCUUGCAGAAAAGCUGAGCGACGCGGCCGAAACGGUCAUGGCCGCGCACGACGAUCACGAAGGCAGCAGCCACGGGAUUGUGCAGGAAAUCACUCCUCCGUUGACGCGAGCAGAAGUCAUCUACGCACUCGCAGACGUUGACAUCUUUUCGCUGGACGCCAAGCAAGUCUUGCUCUCUGCUCGACACCGGCUGUCACAAGGCAAUCUCCGCAACGGCCUGAUUGGCGAUGACGACCAGUUCAAUUUCGAAAGCCUCGAAGGCGUCGGAAACGAGCGAAAGUCAGAGAGCGAGGACGACAGCAGCGAAGACUCGGUCGUUCAAGAGCUGCUGGAGCAUGCAGAUGCCAUGGACCAGCACGAAGCACUGUUACGCGAGUUUGCCGCAGCUCAGCAGCGCGCAGCUUCCUCUUCUGUGCGACAUCCGCUCAUCAGCACCCUGCGGUCGGUUCUGACAUCAGGCUUGUUGCCAUCGUCUUUAUCAUCAUCGGACGGGUCGCAGAAAAAACUCUUCCGCGAGACGUUUACAAGCAUUUGGACAACCAUCGGCGAUGCCCUGCCCACAAAAUCGGGCUUUUCCAUGAUCGAGUGGGGCUCUGGGGAUGUGUCACUCGCGGCCAUCUCUCGCUCUCCAGCCCAAGCAGGCGUCAGCAGCUCCGGGGCUACCACACUUCCUGCGCCCUCCACCAACUCUCCCAGCAAAUCAGCAGCCCCUCCAAUCACAACCGUCUCCAUCUUUACCCGGCCAGCGCGCCUUCGUGAGCAUCUGCAGGCGCGCGAUGCACUCGGUGCUCGGAACAACUAUGUUUGCUUUACGCCAUUGCAGCAACUGCCUUCGACCGUCCGCAAGCUUGGCUUCAAUCCGUAUCUGCAGGUGCAGUAUUCUGUCAUUCUGGAUCUCGGCGCACUUGCCGGCGAUCUGUUACCCCACGAGCUUGAGCUUUUGCUCGCCCAUAUUCUCGCCAUCAGUGAGAUUACCCUCAUCGUGGAUCCUUACACUGAGCGCUCGGCCGCGACUGUUUUGAUCGACAAUGCAGUUGCGCUCGCCAAAAUCAAUGCAACAGUCACUGUGCUGCCUGCACCACGUAAUGGAGCGCACGUGUACAAGGUCACAACUCGCCGAGCGGAGCGUCCAGUUUUGCCCGAGCACGCAUCCAAAGUGUUUCCUCCCACCGCUGUUGCCGAUGGUCUAGUCCAACCGGACGACUGCCUGCUGCAAUUUAAUGUGCGCGAAGUGCCAAUUGCCGUCAACAGCACCGGCGGCAAGAACGAUUCCAAGGGCGAUGCUGGGUUUUCAAACCUCAAGCCCGACUACCGGUCUGGCUCUGGCGCGCCAUCUGCUCCACCACCGCAACUCAUCCGGACUCUGAACGUCACCUGUGGAGCCAUCUCGACGCGCUUCAACCAACUCGAAUCACUGGGUCCGCUCGUCCACAUUCCAAUCCUGUCGCUCCUGACAGCGGGUCUGGUCUCCUCCGACGUGCGGUUUGUUUUGCAUCGCCUGCUCGAUGGUGCAGGCCAGCUAUCGCUGAGAGAUCCAUGGACACUGCAUCUGGUCGGGGAUACAUGUCAGCAACUUCGGUUUGGCAACAUGUCUGACGCUUCUCCGCGAUCCGCUUCUGCUUCUGCUGCUGCUGCUGCUGCCGCCGCUCCGGCAAACCCGAAAGUGCUUGGUGCUGCGUUUGGAAUGAAGGCGCAACCUGUCAUCGAAGCGGCAAAAGCCGCCGAUCCGCCAAGCAGACUCGAUAAACUUCGAGCAGCCGAGGUUACUUGGAUGGAUGAAGCGAUGGACAGUGCACAGGAUCUGCGCGUGUGGAUGGAGUCGCUUCAGAUCUCGCCGAGUGCCGAAUUCACCUCCUCCUCUUCCUCCUCCUCUUCCUCCUCAUCGCAGCACGACCGCUCUGCUUUCAUCCUUGCAGCUCGCCAUUCAGAGCGCAUCUACGCCGCUCACCUUGCCGCUGUCCAAGCGAGCAUUACCGCCGACAUUCGAGCGGCAAGCAGCAUGAAAUCCGACAAUCCAGCUGUGGCCGCUUUGAUUGGCUCGGCUCGCCGCUUUACGCUGCUGACGUACGGCUCCCAACUCACCUUGCUGUCCCUCAAGCUGGCCAAGCUCUACCCAAAGGCCACCAUCUUGGCGUGCAUCCCUACUCGCGAACAGCUCGACAUUGCAGAGUUUCGGCGCACCGCGUCGCUCUUCUCGCUCACCAACGCGCACAUUUUCACCGAGACCUGGACGACGUCCCUCGUCGAGCGACUCCACCGUUUGCCCGAUGUCGUUCGCUACCAGGUUCUUGGCCUUGACGUACUCUUGCCGCUGCUAUCGCUGCGCGAGCAGUUCCCUUCGUACUUGGGUCGCAUUCUUGGCAAUGCCCACACGACGUUUGUGGACUUGCCCAAUCCGCUGCAUUUGAUGCGCGCUCUGCAAAUUGUCAGUACCGAGCACACCGAGUUUUCUGCCAGCUCAGUGGCCCAGCUACUUCGGGAUUUGAGCUCGUUGGUGUCGCGUGCAGCUGCAAGCGUGGGCGCUGUCGCCACAGUCCGAUUUGUCACGGGUGGUGAAACAACAUGGCAGGAUUUGAGCACGGCCACUCUGGACGGCCUCGGUACUGCAGAUGACGCCACGUUGCGCCCCCUGUUGCAGGCGGCAGUCAGCGGUCGCAUGAUGCUGCGUGUUGACAUUGAGCACCUCUCCCGCCAGGUCGAUUUCGACUGUGCUAAGGGGCGAAUUACGCUGGAAAUGGGCUCCCCAAUGGCAGUGACGUCGCUGCGGUUUUCUGCCGCCAAAGACACCUAUCCACUGCUGCGAGCGGGAAAUGGCGUCAGUCUUGCCUUCUUGCUCACGCUCGGGCCGUACCAAGAGACGUUGCGCGGACUCUUUCGGCGCUACCUUUCGCUUCCCGUCUACGCAGACAUGUGUCCCAUCAAUAUUGUCUUCCGGGCUCAGCGACUCGUGUUUGAGGAUGUCCUCUGCGAAACGACCGGCCACAUUGCCGGCGACGCUGAAGUGGACUUGCGUGCCUGGAACGAGCGCGCUCUUGCUGCAAGCUUGGUCGGCCAGAUUAACCAGCGCGCCUUUUCCUUCCUCGACCUGGAGAGCGGAGAUGGCGCAGUGUCGAUGGCGUUGGCCGACACAUUCCCGCUGGCCACAGUCAUUUCAAUGGAGCGGCGCCCCGAGAUGAUUCGUCGACACCGCGCUGCCUUGCGUGAGCUAACCGUGGCGCGGUUUGGAAGCCAGUCUGGGCACGUUCAGGCCGAAGCAAGAGCUCAGGCGGCGGGUGCCGCGGAAGACGACGCGCCUGCUGCUGGUGCUGUGGCUGAUGUUGCUGUCGAUAGCCUGCUUCCGCCGAUCGCAUUGCCCAACAAUGUCAUUUGCGAAGCUCGAUUGGAUCCCGAGUUUGUGCACAAGCUGUUCGAAAGCCCAGAGUUUAUGCGGUACCAGCUCGUGUCGCAGGAUGCCUGGCUCACAGCGCUCGUCGCCAACAGCGCGACCAGUUUUGACGUCAUGAUGGGCGAGCUGCUGUCCACCGCCAUGACCACAUUCAUCCAGAUGCCCUCGUCGCAGCUGUUGUCCCUUGCCUUCACCACCUUCUUCCCAAAGGCGGACGCCGCUACCUUUGGGGCGUUCACUCCGCCUUCACCACCUUCUGCCAAUCGUGCGACAACACGCCAAACUCUUCUUGAUGAUCGCUACGAGACAUACGAGCUUUCGAAUGUGUACGCAAGAGACAUGCAUCCCUUGCCGCACUUUAUCGCCGAGCAGCGCAUCUUGGCGGAAUCGGCGCGCGCUGAUACGGCCAAUACCACCAUCAAGGUGUCUGUGAUCACGCCUGCUCGAUCUCCUGCGUGGGUGGGCGAAAGCGAGACCGCGCACCGUCACAACGCAAACAAGGCCCACACGGACAGGAGCAGUAGCGCCAAGCAUCAGCCGGAUCAUGGCUGGUCGUUGGUCCGCGCCGAUGUCCGAAAUCUCACGGUGGUGGUCAACCACCACUUUGACUACAAGGUCGACGGUCACACGCGCAAGUACACGCUGCACUGCGAAACGACCGACGAGUCCUGGGCCGUGUACCUGACCCGCCAGCUGGACGGCUUCCGCAUUCCGUACCAAUCGCUGGAAAGCAUCACCCUGAUUGCGUUGCUGCGCAUGAAGCUCCUGCCCGAGUUUCGAGACCGCUUUUAUGACAACUUCCUCACGUUGCCGCUGUAUGAGGAUAUGGCGCCUUGGAAUAUUGUCUUCCGGAAUGGACGGAUGGAGUACAUUGACUACGACACACGGGAUGUCACGUUCGACAAGCAAGUGCGGUCGGCGUACCAGGUGAUGGCCAUGCUGAUGAAUUACGAGCGCACGGUUCGCGACUUUGGCCACUGCCCAUCGCACAUCAAAAACCAGUACGGCUUCCCGUUCAUCUCGCAUUGCGUCGGUGACAACGCUGUCUUUUCUGGGCCGUGCACAGACUCCAAGUUCCCCGUCGCCUGUGGCGAUGGAUCGUGCAAGAGCACGUAUAUCGAGUGUCUCCGGUCAUUGGCCCUGCUUGAGAACUCGAGAGAUGCAUUCCAGCGUAACGAGUUUGAUGCGUUCUUGUCGGGCACCACCAACCGCGCGACCGAGCAAGGCUUGGCUGUUGAUGGUGUUGGCGCUGGCGGCGUCGAUGUUUGGACGUUUGAUAAGAGCGGUAUCGUGCGACCUGUACCCGCGCCUCCGAUUCCAAAGUAA